AUGGACAACGAUAACGAGCAAUUAAUAUGCAAAAUAGAACAGAUGGAAAUGUAUAUACAUGAACUAGAAACCAAACUAGAUGACCGUGUAUAUGAAAUUGAUAAAUUGGCUAAUAAGAUGUACGCAGGGUUUGACAUGCUGGAUACAGUUAAAACUAAACAGGAUGAACUAUUCCACGAGUUGGAAAAUAAAAACAAAGAAUUAAUUCGAGAGUUGGACGCGUUUCAAUGUAUGUUCAAUACGCGUUCGUUGUACUAUCAAGAAGAAAUCGAUUGUUUAAAGUAUCAGUUAGCCAAGAAUGAGGCAAAGUCAAAGGAAGAGCUAGAAAACAUUGAGGCGAACCACUUGGAAGAAAUUAAAACAAUGCAAGAGCAGCUGUCUAGUGCGACGAAAAAGUUUCAUGACUGCAAACGAUUAUUGAAAUCAGAACUCAAAGUAAAAGAUCAAGAAAUAAUUAGUAUACAAAACUCUUUAACGGACAAGAUCAUCAAAUACGCAGAGUUGGAGAAAAAAAUGAGCAUCGAACAAGACCGUUGCGAGAGUUUGCAAACGUCGUUGAGCGAAUUCAAAUUUAAGUAUGAAAAUGACGUAUGUGCAACUCAGGCAGAGAUGACUGGACUGCGAACGGAAUUGAAACAAAAUGUCGUUAAAUUAGAGGAAGCUGAACAUCAAUUACAAGAAAUACGAGGUGAAAUAGUAAAACGAACAACGGAGUUUGAGAAGACAAUUCAAGAAACAAAGGAAGCUUUAUGCAAAGAAAAAAAUAAAAUAGAGGAGAAAAAUAGUAAACUUAAUGCUAGUAAUAAGUCGUUGGUCUCAAACAUGGAUAGUAUUAAUACGAAACUAUGUAACGCACUAAUGGAAAACAAAACGUUGAAAUUUCAGCUCGCAAAUCAACACGAAUCGAUUAAGGUUUUGGAGGCAAUGAAAAACAAAUUACAACAAGAGAUAGAAAAUAUCAAAGAUAACGAAGAGUUGUCAGCAAAAAUUCUGAUUACAGAGCGUGAACAGCAUGCCCGAGAGCAAAUGAUUUUUGAAAAGAAAUUAAAAUUCAAAGCUCAGGAUGAGCGUGAACUCAAAGAAUUGAGUAAAAAACUAUCAGAACGAAUUAAAUAUUUGAAUAAAAUGAUACACGAAGACGAUAUGUCCAAAAUAUGA